UCGGCCGGCCGCCAUCUUGUUGUUGAUCCAUACCCAGUGGGCAGCGCCGGGAGCUGGACCGAGCGGCCACUGAGGGGCCGCCGCUGCGGGGCUCGGCCACCUGCGCUGCCUGCCGGGGGGCGCGCCGAAGCCUGGAGGCCCGGGGGCCCCGCUCCCGUGGGGAGCUGGGGGCGCCCGCUGCGGGGGCCCGGCCGGAAAGAAGAAUAAACUGAACAGACUCCUCUGAGUGUUGACUUUCAGUUUGCAAGGACCUUCUACCUAGUUCUCCUCUUGUGGCCCAUGUGCUGCACCGUCUGCCCUCAGUGUGCGACCGGCCCCCAACGCAAUGUGUGUUUGUCAAACCAUGGAAGUGGGGCAGUAUGGCAAGAACGCGAGUCGGGCCGGAGAGCGGGGAGUCCUCCUGGAGCCCUUCAUCCACCAGGUGUGGUGUCUGUCUGUUUCGAGGGGGACAGUGAUGGCUACAUCAAUUUGGUUGCUUACCCAUAUGUGGAAAGUGAGACCGUGGAGCAAGAGGAUGCAUCAGAGAGAGAGCAGCCUCGCCGCAAACACUCACGUCGGAGCCUGCACCGGUCGGGCAGCGGCAGUGAGCACAAGGAAGAGAAAGCCAGCCUGCCAGUAGAGGCCUCGGAGAGCUCCCAGGAAACAAAGAGUCCAAAGGUGGAGCUCCACAGCCACUCGGACGUCCCUUUCCAGAUGCUGGACGGCAACAGUGGUUUGAGUUCUGAGAAGAUCAGCCACAACCCCUGGAGCCUGCGCUGUCACAAGCAGCAGCUGAGCCGCAUGCGCUCUGAGUCCAAGGACCGAAAGCUUUACAAGUUCCUCCUGCUGGAGAACGUGGUACACCACUUUAAGUACCCUUGCGUACUGGACCUGAAGAUGGGCACCCGGCAGCAUGGUGAUGACGCGUCAGCUGAGAAAGCGGCCCGGCAGAUGAUGAAGUGUGAGCAGAGUACGUCAGCUACACUGGGUGUCAGGGUUUGUGGCAUGCAGGUGUACCAGCUGGACACAGGGCAUUACCUGUGCAGGAACAAGUACUAUGGCCGGGGGCUGUCCAUUGAAGGCUUCCGCAACGCCCUCUAUCAGUAUCUGCACAACGGCCUGGACCUGCGGCGUGACCUUUUCGAGCCCAUUCUGAGCAAACUCCGGGGCCUCAAAGCUGUGCUGGAGCGACAAGCCUCCUACCGCUUCUACUCCAGUUCCCUGCUUGUCAUCUAUGAUGGCAAGGAGUGCCGAGCGGAGUCUUACCUGGAGCGCCGGUCCGAGAUGCGUCUCAAACAUCUAGACAUAGGGCUCCCGGAGGUGGCCUCCCCCAGUGCUCCCAGCGCCGGCCCCAGCAGCACCACUGCCGAGGCAGGCCCCUCCUCUCCACCCAAGGUGGACGUCCGCAUGAUCGACUUUGCACACAGCACGUUCAAGGGCUUCCGGGAUGACCCCACCGUGCACGACGGGCCGGACAGAGGCUACGUGUUUGGCCUUGAGAACCUCAUCAGCAUCAUGGAACAGAUGCGGGACGAGAACCAGUAGGCCGACUCCUGGGGCCUAGAACCCCUUCCUCUACCCGCAGGCAGGGACCACUGCUCUGAACUUGCCGUGAGGACACACAGACUUGCUUUUAAAGGGUUAUAUUUCUCUUUGGUGUAAACUAAAAGAAAUGUUUUUAGCUGUAGCCUGGAAUCCAUAUGUAUAAAAUGAAGGAGGACAGAGUACACAUCCUCUUAGCCAGGCUCCUCA